UUUAAAAAAAAAAAAGUUGAAAGAAACUAGCUGGUGGAGAAGCUUAUCAUUCUUUUUUUGUCCCACCACUCCUGAUUGCUCAGAUUCUCUCUCUCUAGCUUCUUCUCUCUCUCUCUCUCUCCAUGUGGAAAGCUCAGAAAAGUAAAAUUACAGAGGAAAAAGGAGGGAGAUCCUUCAGAGAGCUCGCACGAGGACCUUCCAUGGCUUUUACCACUGAAUAAUCACCAUCAAAAAUUGCAAACAUCGGAUCUGAUCAACCAUUUGGGGGUUGAGCUCUUAAAACUUUUCAACUGAUAUCUUUGAGCAAAGGUUGGAACUUGGUUCCGGACAUAAAGAUUGAAGAGUUGAUCCACACACACAGAUUGGCCUUCCCUUCGGGUGGGUUUUCAAUGGGCAUUUUCGAAGAGCUGGGAUUUUCCGGUAAUUUUGAGUUUCUUUCUGCUCCUCCACGAGAAGCGGAGGAGGCUUUAGAGCAUGAGCCAGAGGCAACAACAGUAGAGGAGGAUUACAGCGAUGACGAGAUGGAUGUUGAUGAGCUUGAGAGGAGGAUGUGGAGAGACCGCAUGCUAUUGAGGCGGCUGAAAGAGCAAAAUAAGGGAAAGCAAGGAGCAGACAAUGCGAGGCAACGUCAAUCGCAGGAGCAAGCAAGGAGGAAGAAGAUGUCAAGGGCACAAGAUGGGAUCCUGAAAUACAUGCUGAAAAUGAUGGAAGUUUGUAAAGCUCAAGGUUUUGUGUAUGGAAUUAUCCCUGAAAAGGGAAAACCAGUUAGUGGUGCCUCCGACAAUCUCCGUGCUUGGUGGAAGGAAAAAGUACGGUUUGAUCGUAAUGGGCCGGCUGCGAUUGCUAAGUACCAGUCAGAUCACUCGAUCCCUGGUCAGAACGAAGACUGCAGUACCGUGGCAUCCACUCCUCACACCUUGCAGGAGCUCCAAGACACCACUCUCGGCUCACUUUUGUCAGCUCUGAUGCAGCACUGUGAUCCACCUCAGAGACGUUUCCCUUUGGAGAAGGGUGUUGCCCCUCCUUGGUGGCCUAAUGGCAGCGAGGAAUGGUGGCCACAAUUGGGUCUACCUAAGGAUCAGGGGCCUCCUCCAUACAAGAAGCCUCAUGAUCUGAAGAAGGCUUGGAAGGUGGGUGUCCUCACGGCUGUGAUCAAGCACAUGUCUCCAGACAUUGCAAAGAUUCGCAAGCUUGUUCGGCAAUCUAAAUGCUUGCAGGACAAAAUGACUGCUAAGGAAAGUGCCACUUGGCUGGCCAUUAUAAACCAAGAAGAAGCUUUAGCCCGCAAAUUAUAUCCUGAUAGGUGUCCGCCGGUGUCAGCUGCUAGCAGCGGUUCUUUUGUCAUUAAUGAUACUAGUGAUUAUGAUGUUGAAGGGGUGAAUUUUGAACCUAAUAUCGAAGUAGAGGAAUGCAAGCCCCGUAAUGUCAAUCUGUUCAAUAUCGGGAGUGUGGCACCGAGAGAUAGGCUUAUGAUGCAACCAGUAGUGCCUCCUAAGAUUAAAGGAGAGAUUCUUGAAACCAAUUUGGAUUUUGUUCAGAAGAGGAAAACACUCGCUGAAGAGCCACAAGUAACGCUGGACCAGAAGAUCUAUAAUUGCGAACACCCUCAAUGCCCCUAUCAUGAUUACCGACUAGGAUUUCUCGAUAGGACCUCGCGUAAUAAUCAUCAGAUGAAUUGCCCAUAUCGGUGCAAUUCAUCCCAAGCGUUUGGAAUGUCAGGCUUUCAGGUCAACAAUGACAAACCUGCAGUGUUGUCCAUGCCCUUUUCCCAACCUAAGCCACCUCCCGCACCUGUCACCCAGACGGCUCAAGUAGGUAUUGCUGGUCUCGGUCUUCCGGAAGAUGGGCAGAAGAUGAUUUCUGAUCUUUUGUCAUUCUACGACAUAAAUAUGCCGCAGCGGAGGAAAAGCUUGAAUCCUGGGAAUUUUACGGCUACCGAGCACCAUGAUCCACAACAGCAAAACUAUCAGUUUCAGAUGGAUGAUGGAUUUUAUAGUCAGGGUAGUGGUGUUAUGGGAGGCAACACCAACGCGCCUCUGCAAACUAAUAUACCUUCGCAUCAUGCGGUUUUCCCAUCGUCAGAUGUUCAGUUCGAUCAGUGCAAGGCAUUUGAUUCUUCAUUGGACAACAACCCGACUGAUAACAUCUCAGACAUAAGAUUCGGUUCUCCUUUUAACUUGGCACCGGCUGAAUACACGGUGGAUUCACUGCCAAAGCAAGAUGUCUCCCUCUGGUACAUCUGAAAAUCGAGAACUGAAUCUUAGUUUUUCAUGGCUUACCUGCUUCAGUACUUGGGCAGCAGCUGUACCUGUAUAUUACUCGAGGGAAAGCUCAAUCAGGAUGGUUAUAGUUCAUCCUUUCACAGUCUUCAUGAGUUUGACCUUUCUUGUUUACUUAUUUUAGUUAUUUGUUCAAACCUCUUAGAUAUUAAAAAAUCUUAAACUUUGGUUUUUUCUCUAUUGUAACAAACUUUGUCUUCUAAGAAUAUAGGUUCUGAUAUGGGACUGGAAAGUAACCGAGUCCUAAUAUUAGCCUCUGUUGUUGAAAUUUAGGGCCAUUUUCUUGUUUCAUAAAUUAAACUUUGGUCUAUUUCCUAUUAUCUACAAAUACCUCUCUCCAUAUUAUAUGUAAUGGUUUUAUGUUUUAGUGACACAAUCAGAUUAGAUUUGUUCACUUAUUGCUGAAA